AUGUCCUUGCCUCUGUACUACGCAGCGUCGUUUGGAUUAGAAUUCGUCCUAGACAGUAUCUUGCAAGUUCAUCAUAGCAACGUGAGUUCAUCGGAAAUCGUGAACGCUCAAGGUGGAUUAUACGGCAAUACACUUCAGGCCGCAGCAGGUGGAUAUAAUGAAAGGGUGGUGCAGAUGCUGCUGGAUCUAGGUGCCGAUGUUAACGCCCAGGGUGGAUACUAUGGUAAUGCACUCCAGGCCGCGAAAGGGUAUUGCAGAUGCUGUUGA